UUAUCCUGCAGCCUAUGGUCAGAUAGGCCAGGCCUUCCCACAGCCACCUCCCAUGAUUCCACAGCAACAGAGAGAAGGACCAGAGGGCUGCAACCUGUUUAUCUACCAUCUGCCCCAGGAGUUUGGGGACGCAGAGCUGAUGCAGAUGUUCCUGCCAUUCGGCUUUGUGAGUUUUGACAAUCCUGCUAGCGCCCAAGCGGCCAUCCAGGCCAUGAAUGGCUUCCAGAUUGGGAUGAAGAGGCUGAAGGUCCAGCUGAAAAGGCCAAAGGAUGCUAACCGUCCUUAUUGAAGCACGGUGGGAAACACUGGAUAAGCAAGGUCUAGCACAGGUAACUGUUGGGGGGUGGCAAGGAACAUCACCUGUUGUCCCGUAGCGUCUCUUGUGUUGUCGACACUAAUGACUUUUAACCUCUUAAGAUUCUACCUUUCCUUCUAGAGCCACUUCUGAAGCACCUCAAGGACUUGACUCUACGGGGUUGAGGCAUUACAGUGGGUUUAUAGUGAGGGAGAUACGAGGUUGACCUGGGUUUUUUUAUUUA